AUGGAGGUAGUGCCGGCGGCCCUCCUCGUGCUGUGCCUCUGCCUCUGCCUCUGCCUCUGCCCCGUCGUCUCUCCCGUCGCGCUCGUCGUCCACGGCCAGCUCGACACGCUGGGCUUCAUCAGCAUCGACUGCGGCAUCGCGGAGGGCGCGGCGUACGCCGACCAGUCCACGCGCGGCCUGCGCUACGUCUCCGACGCCGGGUUCGCCGACGCGGGGGCGGGCCUCAACGCCGCCGUCAACCCGCCCUACAACGUCAAGGGCAUCGCCGACCGCUACUUCCCCGACACCGCCGGCGGCAGAGGCGCACGGAGGAGCUGCUACACGCUCCGGCCGGUGACCCCCGGCGGCGGGUACCUGGUGAGGGCCACCUUCUACUACGGCAACUACGACGCGCUCAACAGGCUCCCCGUCUUCGACCUCCACCUCGGCGUCAACCGCUGGGUCACCGUCAACGUCACCGCGCCCGGCGCCAUCUACAUCUUCGAGGCGGUGGUGGUGCCGCCCGCAGACUUCUUUCAGGUGUGCCUGGUCAACCGAGGCCUGGGCACGCCGUUCAUCUCCGGGCUUGAUCUGAGGCCGCUCCAGGACGACAUGUACCCGGAGGCCACCGUCAACCAGUCGCUGGCGCUGCUCAACUUCCGCCGGCCGACGGCGACAUACAGCUUCAACCGGUACCACUUCUGGCGCCCGGGCAGUACAUAUCCUGUGUUCCGGGUCUUCUGCAUAAAUUCCAGCACACUUUCAUCAAUUUUUUUCAUUAUGGUCUUUUCCAAACAACAGGCCUAUGGCGACAUUGAUGCAUGGACCAACAUAACAAGCUCAACACCCAUCGACGUCUCCAACAUCAGCAGCUUCCAUACGUCAUCCAAGAUACUGUGGAGUGCCACCACUCCAGUGAAUGGAACCCAGAUCGACUUCGCAUGGAGCCCGGAUUCCUCCAUAAACAAUGACAGCACAUCAUACCUCCUGUUGCUGUACUUCGUAGAGGUGCAGAGGUUGCCAAGCAGUGCAGUGAGGCGGUUUGAUAUCCUUGUCGACAACUCUACAUGGAACGGCAGCCAGCGCUACACCCCGAAGCACCUUUCUGCUGAGCUUGUUAAGAGGAUGGUGCUGGGGUCAAGGCAACACACUGUCUCGCUGGUUGCCACACCAGAUGCGACUCUUCCACCAAUCCUGAAUGCAUUCGAGAUAUAUUCAGUGAUGUCAAUGACUGAGCUCGCAAUGAAUGAUGCAGAUGGUAUCAGUUUUGACACUUUACUUUUGCCCAAAAUGUUUUCAGUCAACCUGCAUCCACCAGCAUCAUGUUGUGUUCAAAGAAUCAUGGGAUGGGCACAUUUUGAUUGCAAGCUGAUAGGGAUUGGGAACAAUGCAAAUAUGUGUAACAAUGGUGCUUCUACCUGUGAACCAGAGAACAAGAAUGGCAACAGAAUACUUGUCAUCGCAAUAGUUGUCCCAAUAGCAGGAGCGACACUACUAUUUGUGGCGGCACUUCUUAUCCUUCGUAGACUGAAACAUAAACAAGUUACAUGGACAGCAAACAAUUCAAGGCUUCCUAGCCCUCAAGAAAGGUCGACUGCAUUUGGAAACAGACAGUUCACCUACAAAGAGUUAAAGCUCAUGACAGCUAACUUCAAAGAAGAAAUAGGGCGAGGAGGAUUUGGUGCUGUAUUCCUAGGAUAUUUGGAGAAUGGAAGUCCGGUUGCUAUCAAGAUGUGUUCAAAAACAUCUCAAGGGGAUAAAGAAUUUUCAGCUGAGGCUCAACACUUGACUAGAGUUCAUCACAGAAACCUUGUUUCCUUGAUUGGAUAUUGCAAAGACAAGAAAAAUCUAGCCCUUGUCUUUGAAUAUAUGCAAGGUGGAAACCUAGAUAACCGUCUAAGAGGCCAGGUCUCUGCUGUUACACCCCUCACUUGGCAUCAACGUCUGAAGAUUGCUCUAGACUCUGCCCAUGGAUUGGAGUAUCUACAUAAGGCAUGCCAACCACCACUGAUCCAUAGGGAUGUGAAGACGACAAAUAUUCUGCUGUCUGCUGAUCUAGAGGCGAAGAUAUCAGACUUUGGGCUCAUGAAGGUGUUUGCAGAUGAUUUCAAUACCCACAUCACAACCCAACCAGCGCUCAGUGAGAAGAGUGACGUGUACAGCUUUGGAGUUGUGCUACUUGAGCUCAUCACAGGACAGACACCAGCAGUCCGUAUCACUAGCACCGAUAGCAUCCACAUUGCACUUUGGGUGCGUCAGAAGCUCUCAAUGGGUAACGUUGAGAGCAUUGUUGACCCAAGGAUGGGAGGAGAGUAUGAUGUCAACUCUGUCUGGAAAGUUGCAGAAUUGUCUCUGCAGUGCAUAGAGCAGCCAUCGCGGGAAUGGCCAACAAUGACUCAUGUUGUGAUGGAGCUCAAGGAGACCUUAGAGCUGGAUGCCCUACAUGGAAUGGGAUAUUACAGCUCAGAGCCGAGCAGCACAGUCAAUCUCAGUGCAACUAGUGUUGACUUGCAGAGUGAUGCACAAGCAAGUGAAGCAAGACAGGAAACUAUGCUUGAGUUGGAACAGGUCGGCAAUAUAUCAGAAACUCAAAUAGGUCCUGCGCCACGAUGA